CUCUCUCUCUCUCUUCAGCAAACUAAGCUCUCUCAUUCUCUUUCACUUGGAUUAUUUGAAAAGAAAAUGAAAGGAGUAUUGAAAGGAAUGCUGCUAAAGAAACUCAAGAAAGUUAGAGCAAUUGGGUAUCUGAAACCAGAGAGGUUCCUUACAGUAAAUGCAUCAGAUAGAUUCAUCUUCUCAAGAGACCCUGAACCCAAAACAGAGAUCAAAUCGCCCCAGAAGGAAGAAUAUGAAAAUCAGAUCAGUGUCGUCGGUGCCCUGGAGAAUGAGAUAAUCGAUGUAUCUGAGCUCAUGAGAGACCUAGAAGACGAUGAAUCCGAUUUCAGUGAUGAAAUCGAUGAUAAAGAGAAUACAAAGCCUGAUUCCGAUCAAACCCAGUCGUUGGAAAAUUCGAGGUUAAUCAGGUCAGUAGAUCGUGAAUUCAAGCCAAUCCCUUUAUCGGAGAUGGAUAUCUCUGAUUUCCGGCGACCGGAAUUUGAAUCGAACAGCCUAUUCGACCCAAAUCUCCUAUCGGCGUUUCAUCAGGCAGUGUCGGAAAUAAAAUCCCAUGAAGCUGAGGAAAUUACUAAGUAUAAAGAAAAGAUUCAAGAAAGCUAUAUAGAGAUUGAAGAGGAAGAAUCAGAAGAAGAAGAAGAAAGGCCACAAAAGACACGCAAAAUCGAAGAGGAGGAGAAUGAAGGCAUUCAAGACCCCCUUCUUGAUUUCGAAGAAAAAUGCCCGCCGGGAGGGUCCUGUUCGGUGAUUCUCUACACAACAGGACUCCGAGGAAUCCUAAAAACCUUUGAAGAUUGUGCCAGUGUCCGAUGUUUGUUGCAGCACUUCAAAGUUCUGUUCUUUGAGAGGGAUAUUUCAAUGCAUGCUGAGUUUCGAGAUGAGUUAUGGGAAACUUUAGGUGAAAAAUUGCUUCCUCCAAGGUUGUUUAUUAUGGGAAGGCUGAUCGGAGGAGCAGAGGAGGUGCUGAGUUUGCAUGAGCAAGGGAGGCUCCGGCCUCUUUUCCAUGGGUUGCCGGAGGACAGGUUUGAGGGACCGUGUGACGGUUGUGGAGGAAUAAGAUUCGUGAUAUGUUAUAACUGUAACGGCAGCAACAAGGUGGUUGCCGGAAAUGAUGGAUCUCCGGAGGAGUGCCCCGAGUGCAAUGAGAAUGGGUUGAAUAUCUGUCCUUAUUGCUGUUAAUCAUUCGGUAUCUUGUAUACUUAUUUAAUAUUUGGAACAAUUUUUUAAUAUCAAUAACUUCUA